UUCGUGCGUCAUUCGAGAGUCGGCUAGAGUCGGCUAUUGUCAAUCGGUCGAUUGUCUCUACUGUCUACGUUCGUACGCGGUGAUCGGUGACCAGUUUUGUCAUCGCACGUCGCCGACACGUUACUCCAACUCGAGGAUGCGCCUGGUCAGUGAGACAAGCUCGUGAUACACGCGUGUGUGUGAGUGCGUGCGCGAGAUUUCGCACUCGAUCAACGAGACGAGAAGAAAACGAUACUGUUCACAAUUUUUGACGGAGACAAGAGACUCCGUCCAUCUGUCGCUGUCCGUUCAUUUACGCCUCUGUGCUGUCGACAGAUCGAUAAAUACAUACGCGUGUGUGUGUGCGUGUUGCAUGUGUGUGUGCGCGCGCGCGCUAUCGUCGUACGACCACGCAGCGUGCUCCCGAGAGGAAAGAGCGGACGCCAAAUUGAUCGACUCGGUUGCCCGUGGCCAUAACUUGGAAUCGCCGUUGCCAGUCAUGAAGGCGAUGGUGGUGAGCCCAUUGGGGGGCAGAGUCCCCCCCGAUCAUCGCGGAGUUCUGCACAACGGCUUGGGAAUCGGCGGCACCAGGCGCGACCUCGAGGCCGAGGAGGUGGCCGCUUACCUGACCAAGCUGCGCUCCCUCGUGCCGGACAUGCCGCGCAAACGGAAGCUGUCAAAGCUCGAGGUAAUCCAGAGGGUGAUCGAGUACAUCUGCGACCUGCAGACCGCCCUAGAAGAGACGAACGCCGCGCAUCAAGACGCGACGACGACGUCGCAAUCGUCGCGACAACCCCUGCUGAACGCCACCACGACGACCGCCACGACAACCGCCUCCACCAUUGCGACGUCUAUCGUAACGACGUCGACAACGUCCGCAACCGCGACGGUCGCCGAACGGUGACCUGUCGACCGGACUAAUUAAGGUACAGGUCGCAUCUCGAGGUCAUCCUUCUCGUGGACUGACGGACAAGUCAUCCCGCUCGCGUCCCCGAAAGGGUUUUGUUCGGACGUCGCGAUAAAGUCGACUAAGAAACUCGCCCGCUGAUCCACACCUGACUUGACGUUGCGGGAGAUGGUGUCAAUCACCAGCCCCGCCGCUUCCCGGAAGAGAGAAACAGGAGACCCUUCGAUGGCGCGCCUGCACCCGAAGAGAAAAUACUAAGAGGGACGUUUUUGAGUAGAAAAGCGAAAAACAUCCCGCGCCCCCGAUUUCUUAAGGUCUUCCCUUCCCCCGCGAAGGGAAAUUGUAAAUAUACUUGUACAUAGACUCACAUCGCGCAUUCCUCACGAGAUCUCUUUCACGGUAUAAGGACCCGGGUACGAAUCCCUUUUCCUCUUUUUUCUUAUUUUUCCUCUGUAUGAAAUUUUAUCAUUCCAUUCUUUUCAUCAACCGCGUGUUAUCUCGCAGAUCGAACAUCCACUUUCGUAGUUCCGUUUUGCGAUUGAUGGAUCGUGAUAGGUAAUGCGCGAUCGUUUUCCCGGUUAGUAGUAUCAUUUUCGGCGAGAUAUAUCGGAGUACUUAGGUCAUCGGGUUCUCCGGUGGAGAGGGAAUUUAUUCGUCGUCGAUUAUCGUAAUGUACCGCGUAGUAUCGCAUGGAGACGCCGAGCUCUUUCUCCGAAAAUGUUUGCUAUCGUUCGAGUCAUUACAUUUAGCGCCCCGCCCAACUGGUCGCCGAUCGAUCGCCUUUUCUUGCACGGUCCUCUCUUGGAAAAUCGCUAUCUACGGAUAGCGAGGCGAGAUUUAUCUCGAAAUCGAAUGUUUAUGCGUGACGAUCGACUUGCGAGUCAAGCGUGCGAGAGAUUGAAUUUUCACCUAAAUUAUAUAUAAUGAUUUUAAAUCUCAAGUUUCGUUUCUUGUUAAGAUUUCACGCUCUCACCGUAUAUCGCUGAUAUCUUUUAUUAUUGUAUGAUUAUUAUAUCGUUGUUAUAUAUAUAUAUAUAUAUAUACAUAGUCCUUUAUGCGCUAAUUUAGAGAGCUAAUUUCCCUUCCUCAAUCCGCGUAAAUAGUGUAUAUUUGCGAAGACUGAAAGGCUGUAAGAAUACAUUAAUGCGCGGGCGAAUUGCACUCGCACACGAAAUAAAUACAAAACUGUGUCUACAAGUUAU